AUGCAGUUCUUCUCAGCUUUGCUAGUCCUGGGCCUUGCUGCCUCGGUUAGUUGCUACACAUGCAAGUCCACCGGUAAUACGAACGUAACGGCCAACGGUGAGCAGACUCGCAAUGGUCAGUUCCCGCAUCACGUGCUGGUCGUGUCUACCUACUCCGAGGGAAAGCGCUACUGCAGCGGUGCCCUGGUCAGCCGUAAGCACGUCCUCACCGUCGCUCAGUGUGUGGAAGGCUCCAGCAAGGUGGAAUUAACACUCGGAGCCCAGUGCCUGCUGCCAGACUCGGGUGAUAACAAGUUCCGCUACACUUUCACUGCCUUGGAGUGCUUUGUGAAGGACGGCUACGACAGUGAGACAUUCGAGAAUGACGUGGCGGUGAUUAAGUUUUCCGAUGAAGAUGUCCGUUUGCCUCCGUGGAUCAAACCGGUAGCUUUGCCGGAGGUGGAAGAGCAAUAUGUCCAUGACGAAGUGUACACCAGUGGAUACGGACUGUUGAACUACCAGACCACGAAUGCUGCUGAUUAUUUGGAAUUCACGACCCUGAGAGUGCUGAGCUACGAGCAGUGCCAGAAGGAGUUUGAAUUUGUCACACCGGAAACGGGACGAUUCUGCGCUCAGCGGGAUGAGGAAGAACCCAACUGUGUCAGCGAUGUCGGAAGUCCGUUGGUAUUCAAGCAGGAGGGAUACAAACAGUACACCUUGCUGGGGCUGACCAGCUUCGGACAGAAGUUUGCGUGCGAAUUUGGACAUGCGGGUGCUCUGCAGGAGGUGAGAGCACAUGUCGAGUGGGUUCAGUCGUUGUUGGGUUGAGCAGUAAAGGUGGAAAAAGGUGUGCUGAAUUCAAUUAUGAACAUAAGCAUUUAGA